AUGCAGACUGCUUCUGCAAACAUUUGUGAAAGAAUGGGUCGCUUUCAGAAGCUCAGUGAAUUCAAGCGUGGUACCGUGAUAGAUUGCCACCUGUGCAAUAAUUCCAUCAGUGAAAUUUCCUUGCUACUAAAUAUUCCACGGUCAACCGUUAGUGGUAAUAUAACAAACGGGAAGCAACUGGGAACAACAGCAACUCAGAUAUGAAGUGGUAGGCUAUGUAAAAUGCCAGAGUGGGGUUAGUGCAUGCUGAAGCGCACAGUGCGCAGAAGUCACCACCUGCCUACAGAGUCUAUAGCUAAAGACCUCCAAACUUCAUGUGCCCUUCAGAUUAGCACAACAACAGUGUGUAGAAAGCUUCAUGGAAUGGGUUUCCAUGGCUGAACAUCUGCGUCCAAGCCUUUCAUCACCUAGUGCAAUGCAAAGCAUUGGAUGCAAU